CGGUAGUUCACAAACCAAUGUCUGACGUCAGACGUUACCGCUUGGUCCUGACCGAGGAGGGCAGGGCUGACCAAAGUCCUUACGUCUCUUAUAACAUCUCUGAUCUGACCCAAAUACAGCUUCUCAUUCAAACCACACAGUAUUUGCUUUUAUAUAGUUUGGCUAACCACUUUUUUCCCUCUGAGUCUUCCGGACGUAAUGGCGACUGGUGAGGACGUGCGGGAAAACGUGAAGAAAUAUUAUGGCAGUCGACUGGAGUCCUCUGGUGAUUUGCAAACCAGUGCCGCCUCUUGCAGCUUGUCCUGCUGUCCAGUUCCAAGAAGUGUCACCGAAGCACUUAGCCUGGUUCACCCAGAGGUAACCAAAAGAUUCUUCGGUUGUGGUCUUCCGUUCCCAGCAAAGCUCGAUGGCUGCAGAGUGCUGGACCUCGGCAGUGGGUCCGGCAGAGACUGUUACGCCUUCAGUAAACUAGUUGGACCGAGCGGACAUGUGACAGGGAUCGAUAUGACAGAGGAGCUGAUCACUGCAUCGCGUCAGUACAUUGAGUAUCAUCAAAACAAGUUUGGCUAUAAGGAGCCUAAUGUCACCUUUGUCCAGGGGUAUAUGGAGAAGCUCAGUGAAGCUGGCAUUCAGAGCGACUCAAUGGAUGUUGUGCUAUCCAACUGUGUAAUCUGUUUGUGCCAUGAUAAAAGAGCAGUGCUACAGCAGGCAUACAACACCCUAAAGGAGGGAGGUGAACUGUACUUCAGUGACAUGUAUGCCAGCAAAGUUAUUCCUGAUCACAUGAAGCAAGAUGCUGUCCUAUGGGGUGAAGGAAUGGGAGGGUCUCUGUUUUGGCAGGACCUCAUUUCAUUGGCCCACAGCGUAGGUUUCAGCACUCCACACCUUGUUUCAGCAAGCCACAUUGUGGUCUACAACAAUGAACUCAAAGCAAAAGCAGGUGACAUCAACUAUGCUUCAGGCACCUACCGGCUCUUCAGGCUGUCCAAAAGUCCAGUGAUGUCUGAGGCAACAGUGACCUAUAAAGGAACUGUGCCAGAUUUCCCAGAUCAGCUGGACUUUGAUUCAUCACACUGUUUCAAGAAAGAUGUUGCAGUGAAGGUAAAUGGAGAGAUGGCAGCAAUCCUCCAGAGUUCCCGUUUCUUCCCUGAUUUCAAAAUUCAGAUGUUGGAUAAACCAGAGUCCAGCUCAGAGUCAACACCACAGUACUGCCACCUCAACCCAUUUCUGCUGGCUGACAAACUGGGAUCCUCGGUCAAAAAAUGCUCCAAAACAAGCAAAUAAAGAAGCAUCUGAAUAUACAAGGAAAUUGU